CAGCAAGGCGUAAAAUGCAAAAACUUGGCAUUUCAGUUUCAAAUAGUCGACGGUUUGCUGAAAAUCAAAUUAAACACGCAACUGCAUAUAGGAUUUGUGUUUAUUACGUUUAAAAUUAAAAUAUUGCUAUAACUCAAUCAAUAACAAACAAACUUAAAAUGUGUUAAAGUCAGCGCGUUAAUCGUGUCGACCUAAACCUAUAAGAAAAGCCAUCUUUUUAUAUAACCGCAAAGAGACGAUUCAAACAAGCACAUCGAAAUGGGAAUUCCGGAUAUACGACAGUUGGUCACACUGGAGUUCGAAGUGUAUGGACAUGUACAAGGCUUGAAUUUCACAAAAGACACGCGCGAUCGUUGCACCAAAGCAGGAAUUACAGGUUGGGUGAAAAACAGUAAACAAGGGACGAUCGUGGGCAAAAUGCAGGGCGCCAAGGUGGAGGUGGACAAAAUGAUUACUUGGCUGUCUAGCGAGGGUUCGCCAGGCUGCCAAAUUGAGCGAUGCGAGCUGCGAAAUCAAAGCAAUUUAAAUCGACUGGAUUAUAAAGACUUUGCCAUUAGAUUUUAAAAUGUUGUACAGCCUAA